UUCCAUGGAUAGUCUGUGCCAAAUGGCGAACAGACAGACAACCAUAACAUGAACGUCAGCUCAAACCGAUACGCGUAACAGGCUAUUACUCCUACUGCUAAUAGAGUUUGCGGGUAACGGACAAACGGACAAAGCCACAGGACGUUAACUCAUGGAGACAAAGCAAAAACUAACAUCGAAUGAAGCUUAGGCCUUGGGCAGUCUUCGAACGAAGGCGAACACAGAAGAAAGUGUCUUUUCGAUUCAUUGAUUUUGUGCUUGAUCCUGUCAAAAUGGUCAGCAGGGCGGCUGCAGGAACGGCAUACUUCAAGCGAACAGCUCUCGUUGUCGUUGUGGUCACGCUGGCGGUGGCAUCUCCCGUGUGUUAUGGGCAGUAUCGCGAAGCGAUCAUAUUGGCCUCUAACGCUGCGAGUGUCUUCAAUGAACUUGUUUCUGAAGUUGUCAAAGAAGAAGUCGGAACGUUUAUUCGAACGGCGUACAAGGACGGUUGUCUCGACGCCGGUUGCUGCAUGGGAUUUCAAACUCAGGUUCGAGACGAAACGCCAAAAGUACGUCACAACGUCGACUGUCCAUCAUGGGGAUGGCUGAAAUGGUCCUUUAAUGGUCCCAUGUUGGUAUCCCAUCGGCCGUUGUUUCAUUCUUGCAUGGACUGUCAAUAUGGUGAACCAGAUUGCCUCAUAACGACAGCCUCUUGUAAAGGAAAACAUACGCAAUUUUGGUUUAUGGAUGCAUCAAAACAAAAGAAAAACGCCCUCGGUGAGGCCCUGUUUACGAUCGUCAACCCCAUGUAUCCUGAUAGGUGUAUUACUGUCGACACGGUAUCUUCAAGUUUACACCUGCGCCCAUGCGAAGAGCCAACGGAAACGCAGCUGUUCUACGUGUCUCGCAACUGGAUCACGGAAGUGAAGAGGCUUCGGAGAGACAGUGACCGAUCAUUGUAAACAUCAGAGUUCAUCAAAUAAAGAUGUGAAAUUUCGAAAGCGAAGAAAAUUGUAAAGAGUUUAUCAGACAAUGUAACGAGACUAACAACAAAAUGGUAAAAAAACCUAGACUGUCAGUAGUAACAGGAAGGAGCAUCCCCAUCGAGGAAUCGAGUAAGUAGACUAACUGGUACGUGUCAGGUCAGCCAACGAUUUCUCAAUUUAGAUGUAUUUGCCAAAACAGCUCUUUGAAGAAGAUGCAAUGCCUUUUACAAUGCUCCGAGCAAAAUGAGUGCUUUGCGAUCUAUAGCACACCUUAAGGAAAUUAUUUUUGACCAGCACCUUGUAAACUGUUUGUGCAUAGUAGCUCUUUUUAUUUAUGAAUAUAAACUUAGAUAACGCAAUGGUGUCACCAGUCGCUUUGUUUGUACAUGUUUAUGAUUAUACCACCACGUAGAAAGAAUAAUAGACGAAAAUAACCGA